AGGGACUCGCGGUUCGUGGCGGCCCUGGCCAGAGUCUGCGCCCGCUCCUGCCCCCGCCCCGGGCCAGGCCACCCUCGCCUCCUCGCGCCUAUAAAGUGCGGGCGUACGGCGUACCCGAUUGCCCCAAGCCGCAACCGCAACCACCUUCCCAAAUCUCAGUAGUCGCCUCUCGUCGUCUUCGUCUAGCCCGGCCCGUUCCAAAACCUCCGUAGCCGCCGCCGCCACCCCGGCGACCGAAGAUGAUCUCCCCGGACGCAGCCCGCAACGUAGUCGGCAUCAUCGGCAAUGUCAUCUCCUUCGGCCUCUUCCUGUCCCCAGUGCUGACGUUCUGGCGGAUCUACAAGGCCAAGGACGUGGAGGAGUUCAAGCCGGACCCUUACCUGGCGACGCUGCUCAACUGCAUGCUCUGGGUGUUCUAUGGCAUCCCCGUCGUCCACCCCAACAGCAUUCUCGUCGUCACCAUCAACGGCAUCGGCCUCGUCAUCGAGGCCGUCUACCUCACUAUCUUCUUCCUCUAUUCCGACAGCCAGAAGCGCAAGAAGGCGUUCGCGAUCCUGGCCGUGGAGAUUCUGUUCAUGGUCGCCGUGGUGCUCGGUGUGAUCCUCGGCGCGCACACUCACGAGAAACGUUCCAUGAUCGUCGGCAUCCUCUGCGUCAUCUUCGGCUCGAUGAUGUACGCCUCACCACUCACUAUCAUGAGUCGAGUGAUCAAGACCAAGAGCGUUGAGUACAUGCCCUUCCUCCUGUCGCUGGUGAGCUUCCUCAACGGCUGCUGCUGGACGGCCUACGCGCUCAUCCGCUUCGACCUCUACGUCACGAUCCCGAACGCCCUGGGCGCAUUCUUCGGCCUCGUCCAGCUGAUCCUCUACUUCUGCUACUACAAGUCGACCCCCAAGAAGGAGAAGAACGUGGAGCUGCCCACCGUCUCCAGCAACGUCGGCGGCGGCAACGUCACCGUCAGCGUUGAGCGAUAGAUGAUGUAGCUGCCGCCGCCCGUCGAGAACGAACUCGACGAGACGUGCUUUACCCACAAGUAGUUUUGGCCUUGUCUAAUUGCUCUUCUCGGAUGAUCGUUUAAGUGAGUGUUAGUUAGUUUUGCCCUGCGUGUGAUGUCAGGAACAAUUAAUAUAUCCAUGUGGCUGUGUUUGCCAUUCUAGAU